AUGGACUAUCCCAACAUAACUGUGAACCAUUUCACGGUUUGUCAAAGACACGGCCAAGAGCAAUGCACCAUCUGCAACUGUGAUCAUCGCGUUGCCAACAACGCAGCCUCCGGUGUCGAAGACGAGCUCCACGAUCUCAUCCAGCUCACAGAUUUCUGGAUGCCGUAUCGCCAAUCCCAGAACGUUUACGAGCUGGGCGCCGUGGCCGUCGGUGCCCCGUCUGUGGCAUACAAGUGCAACAAACACGACACGCAGGACUGCGGUAUAUGUUUUGACUGGGUGACGUUAAUCGGGGACGAGAUCAUCAUGACCUUCAUUCAAGAAGCGUGGACGAUGUUGCUGGUCGACGAUCCCAGGCUACCGGCACUCAUCGAUCUGAGUUUUCAAAGCCUAUGGUGA